GGUUUGGCUUUUAAAGCCGUCAAUCACAAUGACGUCACUGUUGGUCAGGUUACUCCGGCUGCUUGCAUUUGCUACCUGUGUGAUAAGGAAAAGGAAGUCACAGGAAAGCUCCCCUGCUUGCCCAGGAGGGGAAAGCCAUGCAGUACGCAGAGGUCGGAAAGCCUUUAAUUAAAUUCAACCACUGUAGGAAAUACAUCUACAGCUUCAUUGUGCCGCAAUGCUGCCCCCUCUGCCGGCAGGAAGUGGGCUCGAGGAAGCUGGAGGAAGCACCUGUUAGCAUCUCCAAUCCGUUUACCAAUGGACAUCAAGAAAAAUGUUCAUUCCUCCUCAAACCAACUCAAGGGACGUUUCUUAGGGAGUACGAUGGAAGGUCUGAUCUUCACGUUGGAAUAACCAACACAAAUGGAAUUGUGUAUAAUUACACCACGCAUGGUGUCCAGCGAGAUGAAGCAGGCUGGGAGCAAAGUGUAAGUAUCCCAUUAUUGCAGCCCAGCAUGUUUGGACUGAUGGACCAGUGGGACAAGUACCUGGAAGACUUCUCCACCACUGGGGCCUGGCUGCCUCACAGGUAUGAAGAAGACUGCCACAACUGCUACAGUUACACCCUCACAUUCAUUAACUGCAUUCUGACCACAGAAGGCAAAGAGCAACUGGACAAGAAUGAGUUCACAGAGAAAUUCGUGGUUCCGAGGACCAGGAAGGCUUCCAAGUACAUCACGCUCUACCGGGCAAUAGAGGAGCAUGGUUUCUAUGUGAUUGACCGCCCUGAUCAAGAGCCCAGCCCUCCUCCAGGGAGCGGUUUGUGCUGAGUGUGACAUAUAGGAGCAGAAGGAACAGGACAUUUGGGAGUUAUUACCUUAGUAGGUACUGGAGAUUUCUAAAUGUAUUAAACUGUUGUUAAUAAAAAAGUGUUAUGGCUUUCUUUUAA